CCCCUCCAUAAACCGAAAGAGAAAAAAGAAAAGAAAAAAGACUUCCACAUCAUCGUCGUCCCCAACCUCGCUCGCCUCGCGCUUCUCCAUUCAUCCUCCGAUCUCACACUCGUCGCGCCACAUCACCGUCGGCCCCCAACCUCGCUCGACCUGAAGAUCCCGCUCGCCCGCUGACAAUGGGAGGGCUCCCGCGCCUCGAUCUCGGCGCCGCCGCCGCCGCCGCCGCCGCGAGCUAGAGAUGCAGCCGAGCCUGUUCCCCUUCGGCACCGUCGUGGGCAACCCGUUCCUGUUCGAUGGCGAUUUGAGCGAGGGUGGGUUCGAGAGCUCUAGGGUUUUCUUCCUGGUCCCCUUCUUGCUGUUCCAAGGUGGCGGGAUGGAUCUGUCCAAGGUCGGAGAGAAGAUCCUGAGCUCCGUCCAGUCCGCCCGGCUGCUCGGCCUCCUCCCUUCCGGUUCCGAUCGCCCCGAGGUUCCAGCUCGAGCUGCAGCAGCAGCAGCUGUAGCUCGUGCUUUGGCAGGACUGCCCCCUCAUGAAAGGUUCUCUCUCUCUUCAAGUUCGACAGAAUUGAGCUCAAUAUAUGGAAGCAAGCUUCCCGGUCCACCGGUUGCAGAUCUGGAAGAAGAAUUCUAUGAUGAGGAGUUUGAUCCGGUGAGGCAUAUCUUAGAGCACAUCCCCGGGGAAGAAAAUGAAUUGACCUAUUUUGAGAAACAGGCAACUCUUAGGUUAGCACAACUGGAUAGAGUUUCAGAAUGCUUGUCCCGCAAUGUUGUGGAGCAUCAUGAAGUGAUGGUGAAGGGAAUGGAUUUAGUGAGGGAACUUGAGAAGGACUUGAAGGUUGCGACUGUCAUCUGCAUGAAUGGACGGAGGCAUCUGACCUCAUCGAUGAAUGAGGUUUCAAGGGAUCUAAUUGUUAAUUCUAACUCAAAGAAGAAACAAGCACUUUUGGACAUACUUCCUGCUUUGACAGAACUUCACCAUGCGCUGGAUAUGCAAAUGUCACUUGAAACUCUUGUUGAAGAGGGGGAUUACUGCAAGGCAUUUCAAGUGUUGUCUGAGUAUUUGCAGCUCUUGGAUGGAUUUUCAGAGCUGUCAGCAAUAAAAGAGAUGAGCCGAGGUGUUGAGGUCUGGCUGGGGAAAACUCUUCAAAAGCUGGAUUCUCUUUUGCUGGGUGUGUGCCAAGAAUUUAAAGAGGAGGGCUAUGUAACUGUUAUCGAUGCCUAUGCAUUAAUUGGGGAUGUUUCUGGUCUUGCUGAGAAGAUACAGAGCUUUUUUAUGCAGGAAGUUCUUUCAGAAACUCACUCUCUAUUAAAAAGUAUUGUGCUCGAGGAUCGAGAAUUAAAUCAGCAAAGCAGUAGGCUUACCUACAGUGAUCUAUGCCAUCAAAUUCCGGAAUCUAAGUUCAGACACUGUCUGCUGAGAACUCUAGCUGUUUUAUUUGAGUUGAUUUGUUCCUAUUACAGAAUCAUGAGCUUUCAGCUGGAGGAAAAGAUUUGGUUGUACGGUCUUAAUCCAAAUCGAAUGGAAGUUGGCACCUCUGUUAACCAAGUCAAUACAGAUGCAGAAGUUCUGGAUUCCCGAGAACAUGUUUUGCAAUCCGAAAUUGCAGAUGGAGUCACCAGUUCAUCUCUGCCAAGUGAGUCUGCCAGUACAAACUCUUCUAAAACUACAGGUACUUUUCCUAUGGGUACCCCAGACACAGAUGGUGUGGGAAGGAAUGAUGUCAGUGAUGCAUCAAGCAGUGGAUCCCCUUGGUAUCAGCUGCGAAAAGAUGCAACAAACUUCCUGUCACAAACCCUCCAGAGAGGCCGCAGGAAUCUAUGGCAGCUCACAACAAGUCGUGUGUCUGUUUUGCUUUCUUCCCCAGCUGUUUGUUCCACAAGUAUUCAUCAAUUCUUGAGAAAUUAUGAAGACCUUAGUGUCUUUAUCUUGGCUGGGGAAGCCUUUUGUGGGUUUGAAGCAGUUGAAUUUAGGAACAAGUUGAAGGCCGUCUGUGAAAAUUACUUUUUGGCAUUUCAUCGGCAAAAUGUUUAUGCACUCAAAAUGGUCUUGGAAAAGGAGAAUUGGCUGAUAUUGCCCCCAGAUGCAGCACGUGUAAUUACUUUUGCUGGUUUAGUUGGUGAUGGAGCACCCUUGAUUGUACCAUUCCGUGCUAAUGCUAGUUUGCUCCAUCCUAACAAAUCAGCUGAGUCAGUUGAUAGUAUUUCGAAGAAGAGUAUGUUUUCCCAUUGGCUUCAGAGUGGAAACCCAUUCUUGCAAAAGUUAACCUGCGGCUCAAAAGAACUUCAAAGUGUCAGCGGAACUAAUGGGGCGGUCUCUAGUGAUUACGAUGGGCAGGUUAAUGAUUGUCAUGAUGAUAAACUGCCUUCAAGAAGUACCGGAGCGAAUCAUGUUAACGGGCAUUCGACUUCUGAAGAAGAAAAUGAAGAUCUCCUGGCGGACUUCAUUGACGAGGAUAGUCAACUUCCCAGCCGAAUUUCUAAGCCCAAUGUUUUGAAAAGGCAUUCACAGUCAAAUGAUGAAGACAGCACUGCUCAAACAGGAUCUUCUCUUUGUCUUUUAAGGUCAAUGGAUAAGUAUGCAAGACUAAUGCAGAAGUUGGAAAUAGUGAAUGUUGAGUUUUUUAAGGGAAUCUGCCAACUGUUCGAAAUCUUUUUUCAUUUUGUUUAUGAAACUUUCGGCCAGCAAAACACUUAUUCAAGUGGGAAAGGCUUUAACGAUUCUCCUAACUAUCGACUGAAGACAGCUUUAUCCAGAAUAGCACAAGAUUGUGAUCAGUGGAUAAAACCCCAAGCUGUCUCAUUGUCAUCCUCCUCACCUACAUCAUUGAAUGAUGUUACACCAACCAGUCCUAAUGCAGCAUUUGGCCAGUUGGGUCUGAAGGAGAGGUGUGCAGGUGCUGAUACUUUAUUGCUUGUUGCUCGAAUGCUACACAAGUCCAAAGCUCACCUUCAGUCAAUGCUUUUACAAAAUAAUGCAGCUGUAGUUGAUGAUUUCUACGUGCAUAUGGUGGACGCUGUACCGGAUCUUGUCGAAUACAUUCAUCGAACAACUGCAAGAUUGCUGCUCCAUAUUAAUGGGUAUGUUGAUCGAAUUGCCAAUGCAAAGUGGGAAGUGAAAGAGCUAGGCCUAGAACAUAACGGGUAUGUUGAUCUGUUAUUGGGAGAGUUCAAGCACUACAGGACAAGGCUCUUGCAUGGGGGAAUCCGCAAGGAGGUUCAAGACGUCCUUUUGGAUUAUGGACUUGAAAUCGUUGCUGAAACUCUCAUUGAAGGUCUGUCCAGGGUAAAGAGGUGUACUGAUGAAGGACGGGCUCUUAUGUCUUUGGAUCUUCAGGUUUUGAUAAAUGGGCUACAUCAUUUUGUAUCUGCGAAUGUGAAGCCCAGGUUCCAGACGGUGGAAACUUUCAUCAAGGCUUACUACCUACCGGAGACUGAAUAUGUUCAUUGGGCGCGAGCCCACCCGGAGUACACUAAAAACCAGAUUGUUGGACUGGUCAACCUCGUCGCAGCAAUGAAAGGUUGGAAGAGAAAAACAAGAUUGGAAGUGUUAGAGAAGAUUGAAUAACCCAGGCUUGGUCUCUGUUUUAUUACACAAGGUUCCAAGCCCGUGAGAUCUAGGUUCUUUUUCAUCUUUGUCUUCAUAAUGUAUAUUUCGAUGUAGCAUAAAAGAGCAAUUUGGUUAGUCAUUUUUAUAGAGUUCGCUCAAGGGUGUACAUGUACGUCUUCCGGUAUCUCCAUUUGUAAUCCUAUUAAACCGGUUACACGGAAUAUAAAUGCAAUUUUGCUUCUGAUACUGCUUACAUAAUGAAAUAAACACAGAGGGGCUCAAAUCUCUCUUUUGAACUUA